AUGAGGCGCACUGGCUCUUGGAGACUCUGGCUUUGGAUGGCAAUGUUCCUGCUUCCUGCUUCCACUUCCGUGUCAGUCAGGGACAAGCCAGAAAAAUCAUGUCCUAUAUUAAGAACAGAGGGACAUCAGUUUAUGCAAGACAACAGGAAUAAACUUGAAGCCUCAGGUUUUGAUCUAGGAGAGAGGUUUUCUCUGAGACAUGCAUUUUGUGAAGGUGAUAAAACCUGUUUCAAGUUGGGAAGUUCACUUCUUAUUAGAGAUACUACUACAAUAUUUCCCACAGGCCUUCCUGAGGAGUUCUCUGUAGCAGCCACAUUUCGUGUACGCAGAAGCACCAAAAAGGAGCGUUGGUUUCUAUGGCAGGUUUUAAACCAGCACAAUAUGCCACAGAUUUCUAUCAUAGUUGAUGGUGGAAAGAAGGUGGUGGAAUUUAUGUUCCAAGCUACCGAGGGAGAUAUGUUGAACUACAUUUUUAAAAACCGAGAACUGCGUUCUUUGUUUGAUCGUCAGUGGCAUAAACUUGGCAUCAGUGUACAACCCAGGGUCAUUUCGCUCUACAUGGAUUGUAAUUUAAUUGUGAGCCGGCAGACUGAUGAAAAGGACACCAUGGAUCUUCAGGGAAGGACAGUCAUUGCUGCGCGAGCGUCAGAUGGCAAGCCUGUGGACAUUGAACUUCACCAACUUAAAAUCUACUGUAAUGCAAACUUCAUAGCUCAAGAAUCAUGCUGUGAAAUAUCAGAUACCAAGUGCUCAGAGCAGGAUGACUUUGGAAGUACUGCAUCAUCAUCAGUAACAACUUAUGCCGGUAAAAUGUCUGCAUAUCUUCCAGCAAAGCAAGAACUUCAAGACUUGUGCCAGUGCAUUCCAAACAAGGGAGAAGCAGGAUUACCUGGAGUUCCAGGCUCACCUGGACAGAAAGGGAACAAAGGCGAGCCGGGUGAAAAUGGUUUACAUGGUGUUCCAGGCUUACCUGGCCAAAAGGGAGAGCAAGGAUCUGAGGGCAACAAAGGAGAAAUUGGUGAAAAGGGUGAAAAAGGAUCAAAAGGAGACCCAGGUCUGGCUGGCCUUAAUGGACAAGAUGGUCUGAAAGGUGACUUGGGUCCUCGUGGUCCACCUGGCCCAAAAGGAGAAAAGGGAGACAUGGGACCUCCAGGACUACCAGCCUUCACAGAUUCCCUGGGCAUGCAGGGGCCCCAAGGUCCACCUGGAAAAGAAGGUCAGAGGGGAAGACGAGGAAAACCAGGACCUCCAGGAAAACCAGGACCCCCAGGACCACCUGGACCUCCAGGAUUGCAAGGAAUACAACAGGCUUUUGAUGGACAUUAUAACAAGGGAAAUGGUGAACAUGGAGCUGGCAGCCCCAAAGGAGAAAAGGGUGAAACUGGACUACCAGGAUUUCCAGGAUCUGUUGGCCCUAAAGGGCAAAAAGGAGAACCUGGGGAACCUUUUACAAAAGGUGAAAAAGGAGAUAGAGGAGAACCUGGGAUAGUAGGUUCACAAGGAAUAAAGGGAGAACCUGGAGAUCCUGGUCCGCCGGGUUUAAUAGGCAGCCCAGGACUAAAGGGUCAGCAAGGACCUGCAGGCAUCAUGGGGCCCAGAGGACCACCUGGAGAUGUUGGCUUGCCAGGAGAACAUGGUAUCCCAGGAAAACAAGGAAUUAAAGGAGAAAAGGGAGAUCCUGGUGGGAUUAUAGGCCCUCCUGGACUUCCAGGUCCAAAAGGUGAGGCUGGUCCUCCAGGGGAAAGCCUGCCAGGGGAACCAGGUUUAGACGGAAAUCCUGGAGCACCCGGUCCACGAGGGCCAAAGGGUGAAAGGGGACUGCCAGGUGUCCAUGGCUCCCCAGGAGACAUAGGCCCACCAGGAAUAGGAAUUCCUGGCCGAGCUGGCUCCCAAGGACCAGCUGGAGAACCGGGUAUCCAAGGUCCUCGAGGUCUCCCCGGGCUGCCAGGGACCCCAGGGAAUGAUGGAGCUCCAGGGAGGGAUGGAAAGCCAGGCCUGCCAGGCCCCCCAGGUGACCCGAUUGCACUUCCUCUCUUGGGAGACAUCGGUGCCUUGCUCAAGAAUUUCUGUGGCAACUGCCAAGCCCAUGUCCCUGGGCUGAAAAGUAGCAAAGGAGAGGAUGGAGGAGCUGGUGAACCUGGAAAGUACGAUUCAGUGACCCGGAAGGGUGAUAUAGGACCCCGGGGUCCUCCAGGAAUCCCAGGCAGAGAGGGACCAAAGGGAAGCAAAGGAGAGCGGGGCUACCCUGGAAUACCUGGGGAGAAAGGCGAUGAGGGUCUUCAAGGAAUUCCAGGCAUUCCAGGUGCUCCAGGCCCAACUGGACCCCCUGGCUUAUUGGGAAGAACUGGACACCCUGGUCCAAUAGGAGCAAAGGGUGACAAGGGCAGUGAAGGUCCCCCUGGGAAACCCGGACCACCUGGACCACCUGGUGUACCAUUCAAUGAAGGAAAUGGCAUGAGCAGUUUAUAUAAAAUCCAGGGAAGUGUGAAUGUGCCCAGUUACCCAGGGCCACCUGGUCCCCCUGGCCCUAAAGGAGAUCCUGGGCCAGCGGGAGAGCCUGGUGCAAUGGGAUUGCCGGGACUAGAAGGAUUUCCAGGCAUAAAGGGGGAUAGAGGCCCUGCAGGUCCCCCAGGAAUAGCUGGUAUAUCGGGAAAACCUGGUGUCCCAGGGCCUCCAGGAGUUCCAGGGGAACCGGGUGAAAGAGGACCUGUUGGAGAUAUAGGUUUCCCUGGACCAGAAGGACCCUCAGGAAAGCCAGGAAUAAAUGGAAAAGAUGGAUUACCAGGUGCUCAGGGCAUCAUGGGUAAGCCUGGAGAUAGAGGCCCCAAAGGAGAACGUGGUGAUCAGGGAAUUCCAGGAGACAGAGGCCCACAAGGUGAACGGGGGAAACCAGGCCUUACAGGCAUGAAGGGGGCCGUAGGUCCUGUGGGACCACCUGGAAGCAAGGGUUCCAUGGGCUCCCCUGGCCAACAAGGCCCUCCAGGCUCACCAGGUGUACCUUGCACUCCGGCUGAUGCAGUUUCAUUUGAAGAAAUAAAGAAGUAUAUUAAUCAAGAGGUCCUAAGAAUUUUUGAAGAGAGGAUGGCUGUGUUCCUAUCUCAGCUCAAGUUGCCUGCUGCAAUGCUAGCUGCUCAAGCACAUGGGAGACCUGGCCCACCAGGGAAGGAUGGGUUACCUGGGCCACCAGGAGAUCCUGGCCCCCAAGGCUACCGAGGACAGAAGGGAGAAAGAGGUGAACCUGGAAUUGGGCUACCAGGGAGUCCAGGACUUCCUGGAACUGCAGCUCUGGGUUUGCCAGGAUCACCAGGUGUCCCAGGACCCCAAGGCCCCCCAGGACCCAGUGGAAGAUGCAACCCAGAAGAUUGCCUAUAUCCUGUGUCUCCUGCCCAUCAGCAGACAGGUGGGAAAUGA